AUGGCGGGAGGUAGGAUGAAGGGCCUGAUGACGCGAACUCUGUUGGUUGGUUGUGGUGUGGCACAGGCAGCAGAGAUGGCGGGCAGGAGCAGCAACAGCAGCAGCAGCAGGUCCUGGUUGCGGACAACUGGGGACGGAGGCUGGAGCUGGUUGGUGGUGGCUGGGGCAUUUGUGAUCCAGAUCCUGGGUGGAGGCACCCACUAUGCCCAGGGCGUGUAUGUGUCCCUGUUCCUGGAGGAGUUCAAGGAGAGCAAGUCCAUGACGGCUCUGAUUGGGUCCAUCUUUGGGGCUUGUCUCAUGAUGUCAGCACCACUUAGUGCGAAAUGUGCGGAGAAAUUCGGGAAUCGGAGGACUGCGUUUGGGGCAACCCUGUUGGCCAGUGCAGGCCUCAUCUUGUCAGCUUUCGCAAAUACAAUCGUCAUGUUGUACCUCACAUUUUCCGUGAUGACCGGUCUUGGACUAGGGCUGAGUUACAUGCCUGGGAUAAAAGCAGUUGGGGAACAUUUCCAGAGAAAGAGGGCCAUUGCGAUGGGCAUUGCCUGUGCUGGGGUCGGAAUGGGGUCUUUUCUCUUUCCUCCCAUUGUAAACUCUUUGCUCCAAGGACUGGGCCUGAAGGGCACUCUGAUAACCCAUGGUGUGAUCACGUUCAUUUCCCUGGGACUUUCCUCUGUGGCUUUGAUCCCAUGUGAGAAAACCACGGGACAAAGGCAUCUUGUUGAAGAUGCUGAGAAAGGAACCAGUGCAGCAACUCCCAUGAUAGCUUCCCAGGAAGGGGAAUCACAGAGUUUGUGGCAUGAUCCCAGGUUUCUCUUGCUGUGUGCGAAUCAGAUGUUUGGCUGGCUUGCUUGUAUCAUCGUCAUCAUGGAUUUAGCCCCGUACGGGAAGACGGAAUUGGAGUUGGAAGCACAUCAUGCCAGUAUGUUGCUGUCGACGUCGGGGGCUCUGAACGUGUUGGGUCGGAUUGUCGGAGGGUUUGUGAUAGUUGCCUGCAGAAGGUUCUUCUCUCCUCUCACCUACUACACGUCGUUGAAUGUGAUGUUGGUCGUGUCCACGUUCUGCAUCCCAAUCGUAUCCGACUAUAUCGGGAUGUUGGUGCUGAGUGGCUUUUUUGGCUGGGGAUUGUCUUGCUACAGUGCUGUCCUAGCCGACAUGGUUGCUGAAAUGUUUGGGCAAGAGGCAAUCGCGUUUUCCUUUGGGUAUUUCGUCAUGUUCCAGGGGAUUGGUGCUUUGGUUGGUGCUCCACUGUCAGGU